AUGUCUGGCUUUCAACAAGGAGAUUAUUGUUCCUUUGUUUCCAUUCGCCAUAUCAGCGAUAAAGCAGAUGAUAACGAUUCGUCAACAAACUCGAUAAUGCCUCAAGUAGAUAAAGAAGUUUUACUUCUAUGGAAAAAGGUAAAGGUCUUUAACCCAGAAAUGCUUGUUUUCCAAAGAAAAGCUCCAGCAUUUUUUGACAUUGGUUCACAAUUAUCAUUCAUAUCAGAAGAACUAGCAAAUUAG